UAGCCUGCAGCUGAGGACAGGAACUAGAGAGAUUUUAUAAGUGAGCUUAACAAAUAUUUCAUUCCAUGCAUCCUCAAGUUCAGGCGGAUGCGCCUACUUCUAACAAUAGUUGUAGUAGUAGUACAAGUCACAGUCUAGCUGAGAAGCGGCGGCGUCAGAGGAUUAAUUCACACCUCUCCGCUCUUAAACGCCUAGUUCCUCAUUCUGAUAAAAAGAUGGACAAGGGUUCUCUGUUAGGGUGUGUAGUAGAUCAUUUAAAAGAGUUGAAGAGAAGCUUACUAGGCGAAAUCAUCCAUCAAGGGUCAACAAUCCCCAACGAGUCCGAUGAAAUAAUUGUUGAUCACAUGACGGCCUCAACAACCACCAUAGGCGCCACCACCAACAACAAUAACAAUGACACUGGCAAUAGUGACUGCAGCAACAAAGGCAAGUACAAUGAAAUUUACCUCAAGGCAACUGUCAGUUGUGAAGAUAGGCCUCAGCUGUUCAUGGAUCUCAUUGAUGCCUUGAAAGGUUUAAAGAUGUUAAGAACUAUAAGAACAGAUAUAGUAACGUUAGGUGGUAGGAUUACUCUAAACAUAGUUUUGAUCAAUAUCGAUAAUCAUGAAAGUAGCGGUAACAUAAAUUGUUUGAAUUCACUUAAACAAUCACUUAGAGCUGUUUUGGGUAGAGUUAUUACUCCUCCUUCGUCAUCACAUUGGAUAUCUACGAGUGGUUUCUCAAGCAAGAGGCAGAGACUUUUGUUCCCGCAACAUCACUCCCAUUUUUCGUGGUAAUUCAUUUUGUAUAUGCAGUAUAACUUCGUUAAAAUAAUAAUCUUUCUCACAUAAUAAAUUUCUUUAAUCCCAACUGGGUUAAAUUUUUAACCA